UGUAUAUUUGUGCAGUCACACCGAAUUUGGAAAUGGUCGUAAUACUUGAAAAUCUUAUUCUCCGGUAAUCUGUUUAAUUCUACUUGACAAGUUUUUUGUUGGCAAAAUUAAAUCAUUAUCUAUAAACGUUGAGUAUCUGUUAGUGAAAAAUGACCAAGUUUCAUAAAAUUGAAAUAAAUAAAACAGAAUGGGAGGUUCCUGAACGUUAUCAGAUGCUAACUCCGGUUGGAUCUGGUGCUUAUGGUCAAGUUUGUUCUGCUGUUGACACGCAAACCAAUCGUAAAGUGGCUAUCAAAAAAUUGGCCAGGCCCUUUCAAUCAGCUGUUCAUGCUAAAAGAACAUAUCGAGAAUUACGUAUGCUCAAACAUAUGAAUCAUGAAAAUGUCAUUGGUUUGUUAGAUGUUUUUCAUCCAUCAACUUCACUUGAAGACUUCCAACAAUUGUACCUAGUGACUCAUUUAAUGGGUGCAGAUCUUAAUAAUAUAGUUAGAACACAAAAACUCUCAGAUGACCAUGUGCAAUUUCUCGUCUAUCAAAUACUUAGGGGCUUAAAAUACAUCCACUCGGCGGGAAUUAUUCACAGAGACUUAAAGCCAUCGAAUAUUGCUGUAAAUGAAGAUUGUGAGUUAAAAAUUCUAGAUUUUGGGCUUGCCCGGCCAACUGAAAAUGAAAUGACUGGAUAUGUAGCUACACGGUGGUAUCGCGCACCUGAAAUUAUGCUUAAUUGGAUGCAUUACAAUCAAACAGUUGAUAUUUGGUCGGUUGGAUGCAUUAUGGCCGAAUUGCUCACAGGAAGAACACUUUUUCCAGGCACUGAUCAUGUUGAUCAUCUAACCCGAGUACUUGUACUUUGUGGCACUCCCUCAGAAGAGACUAUAAGCAAAAUAACCAGUCAAGAGGCUAAAAAUUAUAUUCAAAGUUUGCCACCACUUAAGAAGAAAAACUUUAGAGAAGUUUUUCGAGGAGCCAAUCCGCUUGCAAUUGAAUUAUUGGAGUUGAUGUUAGAGCUUGAUGCUGAAAGGAGAAUAACUGCUGAAAAAGCUUUAGCUCAUCCAUAUCUUGCUCAAUAUGCUGAUCCAACAGACGAACCACUAUCUCUUCCAUAUGAUCAGAGUUUCGAAGACAUGGAUUUACCCGUUGAAAAAUGGAAAGAACUGAUUUAUCAUGAAGUUGUCAAUUUUAUACCUCAACAACUGCCAACAUCGUCCGCAGCGACCGAUCCAUCUGCAUAAUAAUAAUUUUAAGUGAUAUAGAAAGUAGUUAACACAUCGAAAAUAACAAUCUUGUAAAUAUGAUAUAUCAUUUUAGGACACUGAAAUUGAAAAAUAUUGUGAGCUUAUUUUUCCAGAGUCGCAUAUAUAUUUUUUUUAUAAGAUAAAUUAUAUGUUUUAUUCAUCUGCCAGAAACACAAUGGUUGAAUAUAUUUAAAAAUAUUUUUAUUACACUACAUUUUACAUUAACAGUUCUAGUCGGAGGUAACUGAAAUACCUUAUUCUAAUACAACAUACAUACUAUAUUAUAUACUCCACAGCAGCUUAAAAAUAACAGACUAAUUUAUCAAAACUAAUCAGCUAAUUAAAUCAUCACAUUUAGUGAAUAUAUUUGCUUUUGUAGAUGAUACUGAAAAAUUAAGUAUUAUAAUUUUUUUGUUAUCAUUUUUUUUUCUAAAUAUUUUUUAGAAAUAUAGGGCUUAAAUACGUGAUAAUAAACAAUUCAUCUAUGA